AUGCCGAGCGACGGCUAUCACACGACCGCAUCGGGCGGCGCAUCAAGUAGAAAUUUGCGACCACCCUCGACGAACAACAAGAACCACCGAUACGACCAUGCACAACAACGACAACGCGACGCCCCCUUGUCUUCGGCGUGUCGUGACGGAGGUGAUCAUGGCGGGGCGGGGGGACCAGGACCAGCAGCACGAGUUUCCAUUUGUUCACGGCAGCCUCAGCAAGAAGCCCAGGGUUUUUACAAUCUGUCGCAGCAGCAAGAUUUGCGUACAACCCGUACUACGGGCUUGAAUACCAGUAAUGGCCAGAAUUUAUUUUCAGCUUCGGCCCAGCACGACCACGACCACACUUAUGGGAGGAUGAACCCCGAUGACCUACUGCCCGAUUCUUGUCCUCAUGUAAUCAAGGGGAAGGGGCGGGGCGGUAGUUCACCCGGUAAUCAUUUUCAGCAGGGACCACCACACCAAG